AUGAACCUGGACGAGAAGGACUUGAAACCAUGCGUCACCGAGCUGGUCGGGUUCAACGCAGCGGCGUCCCCUUCAAAAGGCUACAUCGACCUAAAGUUGACCUUGGGAACGAAGGACUCGUUCCGAGCUGGAAGGGUUCGUUUCGUGGUGGUGGACACCUCGUCUUCCUACAACGUGAUCAUUGGUCGGCCCACAAUCCAUGAAUGGGAUAUGCUGAUCUCCACAAAACAUCAAGCAUUGAAAAAACCUAAUAUGAACAACGAGAUCGUCACCAUAAGAGGUGAUCAAGAAGAAUCAAGAAAGUGCUACUAUGAGACUCUACGAGUCCAUCAUGGAGGUCCAUCAUCUCCACCUCGGCUUAAAGAAGGAGGAACUAAGGACCAAUCACUGAAGGCAUGCAGAAGAGAGGUCAACUUGGUUGAACUCGAUGUAAGAGAGGAGCUCUUGGAAAACCGUGAUGUGUUUGCUUGGAAAGCUUCAGAAAUCCCUGGAAUAGACCCAACCUUCUGCUGCCACAAGCUCUCCAUGUACCCUGGUUCACGGCCAGUAUCCCAAAAGAAGAGGAAGAUAGGGUCCGACCGACGUCAUGCUUUGAAUGAGCACGUCGACGAGCUGCUAGCAGCCGGAUUCGUUAGCGAAAUACAGUAUACCACUUGGUUGUCUAAUGUGGUGAUGGUAAAGAAACCAAGCGGGAAAUGGAGGAUAUGUGUGGACUACACCGACCUCAAUAAGGUCUGCCCAAAGGACUCAUACCCCAUGUCGAGCAUUGACCAGCUAGUUGACAAUUCUUCAGGAUUUCAGCUACUUUCGUUUAUGGACGCGUACUCUGGGUACAACCAAAUUCCACUACAUCCCGACGACCACGAAAAAAACGCCUUCAUGACUGAGAAGGGCAAUUUUUGUUACAACGUCAUGCCUUUUGGCCUCAAAAAUGCAGGGGCGACAUAUUAG